CUACUGGGUCUACUCCAAGAGUGGAGUUACUUCUGUAUAUUUUUGGUAUUUGUAAUAUAAAAAGUUAGUUGAAAUUAUUACUUAUGGAGUUGAAGAAACGCAUCAGGUUUACUACAGCGCAUUGUAAAUCUAACGGAAUAGUGACUCGACCGAAUGCUGACAAUGGUUUCUGGUUAUCCGUUUUAAUCACAUUAGCACUACUAGUAAAUGUGAUGAAUCGUGAUCGGCAGCCGAUCAACCAAGUUUAUAAAAGAACAACUACGCUUUGCUUUGGUAUGUGCAUACACUCAAUGUGUAUAUUUAUUUCAUUCUGCUCCAAACGUUCGAUUUACGUUGGCGGUAAGGUGCUCUACACUGCAAUCACAACUGGAUUUACGAGUUUGGUUUUCUGGAUAUUAUUAAAGGAUAACUUCAUUGUUAGCAUAUUGAGCGGCUUAUUCAGUUCUGUGUUGUAUGAUCAGAUUCUUGAUCGCACUUUGAGACAAAUGCCUAAAUCAUUUUCCUUAGGCGAAGCAUCCCUUGUUUGUCAGGGAUUUGUAGCUUUUCUGUAUAAUGCUUUUUUUCAAAUUCCAAAAUCUUUCAUUUAUAAGGAGCUCAAGUACAACACAAUCGACCAGAUACACCUAGUCGUACAGAUUGGUCUAUUGGGAAGCAGUUUAAUCAUCAUGUUGUGCCACUUUCUACCUGCACUUCGCAAUGCUUUUAGGUUUUGGAUCAUAUCUAUCUUGAUAGUGUCUGGUCUGGCAUUACUACCAAUUGCAGGUCGUCCCGCUUUUUCAAUUCUAUUUAAAUUUAUGUUCAACGACCUGAAUCGCGCCAUGACAUUGGUUAUGUAUCUGUUAAUAUUGUUAAUAACGAGUGUAUUUGUAGCAUGGCGCGUCAAUCGCAAUGGAACCGCAAAUACGUCAAUUAGAAAGAUUUUUCAUAUAAUUAUUCUUUUUGUAUACUUUCCCGGAUUGUGGUGCCAAUGCACCCUGCUUUAUGUUGCCUCUGGCUUUAUGCUUGCGUUGAUGCUUUUAUUGGAGACAGCACGAAUUAUAAAAUUGUGGCCAAUUCAUGGAAUUCUGGAAGUUGUAGUGAAGAGUUUUGUCGAUGAGAAAGACGCUGGAUUAGUUGCUUUUACGCCUAUAUAUCUACUCAUCGGCUGCUCCCUGCCUUUGUGGCUCCAUCCUGUUCCAUGUGAUAUGACCGAUUCGGCAGGACAUGAUUUUUUAAAACUAAUGGCUGGGAUUCUAUCGGUUGGCAUCGGCGACACAUUAGCUAGUAUAUGUGGAUAUUAUUUGGGUAAACACAAAUGGGACGGUUCGAAUAAAUCAGUAGAAGGAACACUGGCAAGUAUGAUUGGGCAAUUUGCUGUAGUUUUUGUCCUAUUCAAAAUGGGAGUUGUUCAACUAAAUACCUUGAAGGCUGCUACAGUAGGUUCUGCAAUUAUUAUUAAUGUGCUUAUCGAAGCUAAAACGAAUCAAGUUGAUAACUUAACUUUACCGUUAGUUACUUAUAUUGUAUUGGGCCUAGCAUAGUUAUAAUACAUAUCACCAAAAAAUCAGAGGAGUUGUGUACAAGACACGACCGCAUAGGUAACGUAGGACUAGGCAUGUCUCAGAAGAAUGUAUCCAUGCAUGUAAUAAUACGAUGCUUCAUAUAUACAUGUAGCAUACAUACGUUGAAUCAAGUACAUACAUACAGAUAUCAAAUUUGUCUAGUUAAUCGUCUCGCCGAAAAGAAAUUAUGUUAGACAUGCCAUAUUUUUAAUUUGCUGUAUUGCAAUACAUGCUCUGAAACAUUCCUGUAAAUUUGAUGCAAGAAGAUAAGUUUAAAUUACCUAAAUGCCCGUGCCCUGUAUAUUAGUUUUAUCCGUUUUUUAGAGUUUGUACUUCCACUAAGAGUUUCAGGCCACAAUUACACUUCUCUGAUGUAUGUUAAUUCGCUAUGAUGGAGCUGUCGAUAUUUUUCUAGUUUUUGUAUGAGAAAAAGAGGGAGAGAAAUAUUUUUGCUUUUGUUUUCACACACGAGUUGACAGUUUUGCAUGGGAUUUCAUGCAAGUGCGAACAGGCUUAAAAAUCUUUUUCGGCUCCAUCAUAGCGAAUACCGCCUCAAAUCUUACUUAAACAUCAAACACUAUUUACAUAUACAGGAAUCCCCCGAAUAACGCGAUGGGUGGUGCUGUACGCCCAUCGCGAUAUCUCAGCGGUCCAUUAACCAAUACAGUUGAUUUUUGGUAGUUAACUAGGUUGUACCACAUACUAACAAUGUACCAAAAAUCAACUCUAUUGGUUAAUGGACAACUAAGAAAUCGCCAUGGGCGAACACCGUACACCAUCACCCACCGCGUUAUACGGGGGACCGCUGUAUAUGUAUUUUGAUGACAUCAAAAAAUUGUUAUGUUAACAUGACUUGAUUGUGCUGCAGGUUGAGAAAUCCAAAUUUUUGCAAGUCGAUAAUUUUUUACAUGGUUUUAUUCAUGUUUAUGAUUGAAAGCUUCUAAAUAGGUAAAUUAAAGUUGUUUGCAAAAUGUUUUGUACCUGACUACCUUAUGCUGAGUUGAUGGUCAAAUAAACAUUGACAUCACUACGGAUCGCUCCUGCCUUAUCUUGUCAAUUUCGAAAGAAAUUAGUCUAAAUUAAUGCUUGACUAUUGAAACUAUGUAAAUAAUUGCAGGCAACUAACUCACUAACUGACGCAAGGCAGCAAAUGAAACGAUGAAAACUAUUCUCGUAUACAAGAGUCGCUGAUUUUCCUCGCUUUGAGAAUUGCUACGUUACGUUACAUGCACAAAUGUUGUUUCAACCCUGUUUCCGUGUAAGACAACAGUUCCGGACAAAUUCUUGCAAAUUGUUUACUUUCAGGACAUCAAACUAGACUAGGUUCAAUUUACAAACACAACAUCGGUUGAAGAAGAGGGGUGGUUUUGCUCUCUGACGUACUUCCCAAGCACAGAUUU